UAUUCAUUGAAUUGCACGUCUUACAUCAUGUGCAUUGUGUAUGCAUCGCCCUACGUCCGCGUCAGGACUGACUAAUGUGAAUCAGGAUUGUAGCUAAACAAGAUUCACUUACAAACACCCAUGAUCAAGAGACGCAACCGACCGCAGCCGCGUGUACGAGAAUCCUCACCAGACACAGAGCAACCUCCAGAACUAGAUGAAGACGAGGAGGAAGACAGAUCGUUACCCAUCUCGGAGCUCAUCGAGCUUCGGAAACUCAAGAAGUCCAGACAAGGAAUCGAUGUUCAAAAGCUAUCGAAAGGCGAUGCCAAGAAGAGGAAGCGCAAAACCGCGGAGGAUGGACAAGAGGUCCAGGGCGGUCUGAGAGCUGGUGCUAGAGUGGAUGACGAGGAGGACAGUACAGAUGCCAAAGCGAGACGAGCCGUCCGAACAAGCAACUUUACGCAGCAAACGAAUGUUUUGGAUGUUGACAAACAUAUGAUGGCAUACAUCGAAGAGAAUCUGAAGAUUCGCAGCCGCCCUCCAGAUCCAUCCGAGGAUGAGCCUGGAACAAGCGCUCAAGACGAAUUUUCUCUUUCCGAGCGGUGGAAGGCAGAGAAGAAAGCAGCGGAUGAAGGCAACGUCACUAACAGCAUGGCCAUGCUUACUGCCAUUCCUGAAGUCGAUCUUGGCAUGGAUGCACGAUUGAAGAAUAUUGAAGAAACGGAGAAAGCAAAACGACAAGUUGCUGAAGUGCGCAAGGAACGCAAACGACCUAAUGAUGAGGAGCAUCUUGUCGCAACCCGAUUCUAUCGACCGCACCUCAAGCAGAAGUCCGAUGCAGAAAUCAUGCGAGAUGCCAAGCUCGAAGCAAUGGGUCUACCACCUCAAGAGGAUAGAAGACCUCGCGGUGAACGCCCACAUAUGGCGACCGACGAAGUGGUCAUGGAGCGCUUCAAGAAAAGAAUGCGCAGGUGAAAUGCUAUCUCUUUCCUGCGAAUGAUCUU